CUUUACAGUCCAUGUGUGUGUCAUAAUGCGUGUGUCACUUAUGGGAUUAAUAUUUUUAUAUGACAUGAAUAAAGACAGGUUAUUGACACUUUUCUACUAUUACGUGGAGGACUUUUAUUUUUAAAAUGUUCGGAAUUCGUGACCCGGAAGUGCUGUUUUAGUGUUGCUGAUGAGACGCUGAUAUUAUUCUCUUGACACGUAGCUAAGUUGGCGGAGUCCAGAGUUGAAUUGUUCAACGUUGCAGACGGUCAGAAAUGUCAGGGUUUGACAACCUCAACACAGAUUUCUACCAGUCCAGCUACAGUGUAGAUGACCAAGGGCAACCUGCUGGAUAUGGCUACAGUAACACAGAAGAUCCCUACAAACAGGGUCAAUAUGGUCAGUAUGACUACUCCCAGCCAAUGGGAUACGCAGCCCCAGGGAUGAUGCAACCUCAGCAGCCCUACACCGGCCAGAUCUACCAGCCCACACCGGCCUUCACACCUUCCCCCACACAGUCCAUGUACGGCAGCAGCUUUGACGACGAGCCCCCGCUGCUGGAGGAAUUGGGCAUAAACUUUGACCACAUCUGGCAGAAGACCCUGACAGUGCUCCACCCCAUGAAGGCAGCAGACGGUAACAUUAUGAACGAGACGGACCUGGCUGGACCCAUGGUGUUCUGUCUGGCCUUCGGAGCCACCUUACUUCUAACAGGAAAGAUCCAGUUUGGCUAUGUGUACGGCAUCAGUGCCAUCGGCUGCCUGGGGAUGUACUGCCUCCUCAACUUAAUGAGCAUGACCGGCGUGUCGUUUGGCUGUGUCGCCAGCGUACUGGGCUACUGCCUGCUACCCAUGAUCCUCCUUGCCAGCUUCGGAGUCAUCUUGUCUUUACAAGGCAUGUUUGGAAUAAUCAUCGCAGCCACGAUAAUUGGCUGGUGCAGUUUCUCUGCUUCCAAGAUCUUCAUCUCGGCCCUGGCGAUGGAUGGACAGCAGCUUCUAGUGGCGUACCCCUGUGCCCUCCUCUACGGGGUCUUCGCCCUUAUCUCUGUCUUCUAAAUGGUGUGUCUGUCUACACCAGGGUUCCCCGAACUCGGUCCUGGGGCUCUAGUGCACAGUUCCUAUUUUUGCCCUAGUACUACAUAGAUGUUUUGAAUAACCAACUCUUCAAGCUUUGAUUAUUUGAGUCAGUUGUGUAGUGCUAAGUCCAAAACAAAAAUGUGUACCCAGCUGGGGGGGGACCAGGACAGAGUUGGGGAAAUCCUGGUCUAGAACAGUGUUUUCCAACUCCUCUUCUCCUGUACCUUCAACAGUAUACAUUCUUCCUGUAGCCCUGGACAAGCACACCUGAUUCAACUUGUCAACUAAUCAAGCCCACAUUGAGUUGAAUCAGGUCAGUUUGUCUGGGGCUACAACAAAUAAAUGUAUGGUAUUGGAGGACUGGCGUUGGGAAACACUGGUCUGUGCUGCACCCCCAUCGCAGUGGUGUGGCCAGCUACCCUGUCUGUUGCAUUCCAUUUUUACACCCGCCUACAGGGGUCCGCGCAAAAGUAUAAAUUCCAAACCCCUUUUAUUCAGGACUAAGGACCCAUCCACCGACCACCACAGAAUCUUCUAUUUCAUGUAAAACUUCUUUAUUCUGUAUGUUUGUUUCUUAGAUUUAUUUGAGCCUUGAGGCCUUCAGAAAAUGGUUUGCACAAGUAUUUACAAUUGUAUUCAACUGAAGCAGGAGAGUUGAAAUAGAGCAGUUAGUUAAUUCUGUCUUCUAUAUCAACGGCCCUCUCAUGCAUACAUGCACAUCUGGGUACUCUGAGGUCAACUUGCAACUCAGAAGAGACAUGUCUUACAAAGCUGAAAUCGUUUUAAAUUGCUGAAACACCAAAGCUCUGUGCCCUUCCCCGCUAUAUUUCCCAGCCCUCUCAGGUUGGCCCCAGCACAUGGCCUAACAGAGAGCCUCCUUAGCUAACUGCAUGUGGUCAUGGGUGUGUUAGUUAUGCAGCUUGUGUGAUUGUAAACUUUGGUCAGUUAGUGCCUGCGUAAUAACAUCUGCACACAUGCAGACUCACAGAAUUUAUGUCAACAACAAAAAAAGAAUAGAGAUGUUGGUUUUUCAUUUUCUCUAUUGACCAGUGGGAAUCAGCUAAUGUGCGCCUCAUCACCUAGUUUUUGUUCAUAUUUACCGGCACGUUUAUUUUUAUUGUAAAAUGAUAGUUUGUUGAUCACAUUAAAGCUGAAAUAUUUAACUUUUGGGCGACCCGACCAAAUUCACAUAGAAAUGUGAGUUAUAGCUCUGUCAUUCUCAUUUAAAAGCAAGUCUAACAAGCGGUAGAUGUGUUCUUUGUACUCUAUUUCUAUGAUUUCCUUAAGUUUAAUUUUUGCAUAUUUUACUUUCGAUUUUGUACACCAGCUGAAAAUAUAAUAGUUUUGGUUAUGAUUAUCUACACUAUACUUGCUUGUAUAACUGAAAUUAGGAGAACUAUUAGUAACCAGGAAAUGGCGGCAUGAUUUCUGCGUAGUGCAUCUUUAACUGCACUGUGUAAUGGUAUUGUACUACAGGUUGUCAAACCACACACAAAGUAGCUCACAGAUCCUGAGUUUUGUCUCCUACACCUUAACUUAAAUCAUCCUUUUCAUGCAGUUUACAUUUGAUCAGUUUUCUAUUGUUUUCAACCUGUAGGUCAGGGCUCUCCCAACCCUGUUCCUGGAGAGCUACUGUCCUGUAGGUUUUCACUCCAACCCUAUUCCUGGAGAGCUACAGUCCUGUAGGUUUUCACUCCAACCCUGUUCCUGGAGAGCUACAGUCCUGUAGGUUUUAACUUCAACCCUAAUCUAGCACACCUGAUUGUAAUAGUUAGCUGGUUGAUAAACUGAACCAGGUUAGUUACAACUGGGGGUUGGAGUGACGAUCUCCAAGAGGGUAGUUCUCCAGGAACAGGGUUGGAGACCCCCCUGCUGUAGGCUAUGCGUUGAGUUUUAUUUGGCUUCAGGUUGAAAGUUUCAGUCUUUUGCCAUUCACUUUGUUUGGACUGAUAUUAAAAUGUGGCUUUGGAAUUUUGGUUUCACACACAGGUGUCAUCUGAGAGGCUGUUAAUGAGCACAGAGUUUUAAGGUCAUUGGUUUUUUUCUUUCUUGCUUUUCCUAUAGAUUUGUUUUUGUGCUAAACCUGAGCUCCUCAAAUGGAUGCCUUUAUAUAUUUUUGCCCUGUAAUGCGGGAAUGAAAAUGGAGUGCUUUUCUAUUUCAACAAAUGUUAAGGGGAUACUGCAUUUCAAACAACCCAGAGUAAAUACAGUAAGUAGCCUUUCACAAGCUAGCUGGAACGGCUCAUAGAAGCAGAUCUCCUGAGGUAGCUUGACGUACAAGUAUACCCCCUGGACAGGAUGCUAGUCUAUUGUAGGGCCUUACCCAAAAUCUAUCUCCUUAAUGCUGAGUGCCAGGCAGCGACGCAUCGUGUCCCAUUAGUCUCUUUGUAUGAUGCGGCCGGGGAUCAAACUCCCAACCUUUCAAUCUCAGGGCGGACACAAGGCCACUGAGCAAUUACAGUGCUGCUCUUAUAUGGCCACGUAUUUAUAUACUGUAUCAUUUGUUUUGUACAUCAAAGUCAAUGUUGUGCUUUUGUCAUGUGGAAAUUCUUGAUGGAUGGGCGUCGUGCUUGGGUGGUUUUAUCGGCCACUAUCUAAAUAAAAUAUCUGUCAUGUCA